GAACGGGCGUGGUUUGAGUCUAACCUAAAUACCCCGAACGACGACAACAACUGAACCUAAAUAAAUCAUUACAAUAAUAUAUAUUUAAAGCUAAACUAUAGGGUUCAUUGUGUUUAACCGUAUAACCCCAACGAGUAGGACAGCAGUGGACCGAGCAUGUCUGUAAACGUGAACAAUGAGAGGAAUAUGAUCUUGGGAUGGUGCAGUUUGAAGGCCGAAGCAGAAGAGGGCAGUCCAGAGAGCAUGAACGAUCACAGCACAGCAGUGAUGAGAUCCAGAGGCACCAGUCCCCUCAGUGACAGUAUGAUGUCCGAAGAGGCAGGUGAUGAAGUUCUUAUUAAUGACAUCACACAUGAAAUACCAUGUGAUUCAAAUGAGGAGAAUGCCCUUACAACUGAUAUGUAUGGAGCCGAUCUGCAGAGAACUCUAGGAGAGAUUCUUGCAUACUGUCAGGUUACAUAUGGAGCCAUUUUGAAACUUGAUGAAAAGUUUGAGAUACUGCAGGCUAAAGUAGCAUGCAUUCAGACCCUUCAUCAGAAUACAGCCCACAUCUCUCAGAGGACGCGCGUGUCAUCCAGCUACACAGACAACUUCCAGCCAAAGACCGAAGCCUCGCUAACCCCUGAUGCUGCCUCCAUGCCUCACCUGGUUCAUAGUUCCUCUUCCUCUCCGCUUUCUUCUGUGGAGAGCAGGAAACCUCCUACACUAUCUCCUGGACCAGAGGUCCCCAGCCCUCCGCGGCUUGUUAUCCAGAACCAGUGCCACAGCUCGGCAAAGGCCACAGCAACAUCCCACAAUUCAACACAAGGAGCGUCUUUCAGCAUAAAUAAAAUUAAACUGAUGCAGCAACUGAAGGAGCGAGUAAAGAUUCAAGCUCAAACAAGCAGCUCAGCUUCAAGUGCAGAUCCUGCAAACAUAAGGUGUCUGGGUAACUCUGAGAGGAAGGUCUUCCUUUCAAAUUGUGUGCUGCAGAGGGCAGGUAAAAUGGCACGACCCAGUGCAGCAGUGCGGUACCUUUUACGGAACAUCUUCACAACGGAGGAACUUUCUCAAAGCAGCACCACUGGAAACCCUGUCAGAUGUCUAAAGAGACUCGACCCAAACAAGAUCAAUGCCAUCAGAGAGUGGGCAGUAAAGAAGUACCCAAAAUUUGACCUUCGUGAGAAAGGCAAAGACUGGAAAGUUUGUCUGUCUGUGAUGAACUCAACGUCCCGCUACUUUCGGUUCAUGGACAAGACAAGGAUGCUAAAAAUGAAGGACAAAGAACAAGUUCCAUCAGAAGCAGCAACUACAACAGUUACAUGUGAACCCACCGCUGAGAUUGAUGUCGAACUGUCUGACAGUGACAGUGACCAGAAACAACAGGAAACACUCAAGAGCAGGAUGAAAACAGUUUCAGACUGUAACAUGCCCACCAAUUCUAAAUUGACUAACAGUAUUCCCACAGUUCAUCUCGGCCCUCCUCAUCGAGAUGUGAAGGUUCCUGAGUUUGCCUUGUCUGCAGCACAUCUGAGAACACGUCCUGAGCUCAUAGCUCGAUAUCUCAUCAAAUUCCUCUUCCCAGAGGAUGUGCUGCUACGCAGUAAUGUUUACGGUGGUGCACGGCACGGGAUUCAGCCCCUUGACCGCAACAGAAUAUCUGCACUACGAGAGCACCUGUUGGAGCGUUUUCCCUGGAUGAGUCUGGAAGAAGGUGGAUGUGACUGGAAAAUUUGCGUAGAAGCCAUAAACAGCACAAUCCGCAAGUUUCGAUAUGAGCACAAGAUGCGCAUAAAGAAAGAGAAAUGCCAGCGCUGAGACUGCUUAACUAAAAACAAUCCUCAAUUAUAGAUUCAUUUUGGAAUGCUGGAAUUAGGACUAACUUUUGUUGAGAAAUGCUGUCAUAGCUGGUACUGGUAAUUUUAUGUUUUUCUAAAAUACAGGACUGAUAUUUGUUCAAUUGUUAUUUGUAGUGGUUUUUAUGUAUUAUUUAUGAAUUGUUAAAAUAUGAAUUAUUUUCAACCAAGAAUUAACUGCAAAAAUCACUUUUAUUUGGCAAAA